UUUGUGAUUAUAAAACCUCCAUGAGAACAAUAUUGAAAGUCGCGUAGACGCUGCCGUGGUGAGUGGAUGUAUUUGUAGAAUAUUUAUUUUUAAUAUUCUCGCGUAUUUAUCAAAAAUAGAAAGAACGUGACAGAAUGUCUGUCACUAAUCUUAAUUCUCAGCAAGAAUACGAAAAUUAUGUUAAGUCACAAGAUCUUUCUGUCAUUCAUUUCUACGCACCAUGGGCUGAUCAAUGUUCGCAGAUAAAUGAUGUGAUCGAAGAAAUGAGCAAACUAACCGAGUAUAAAGAAGUUAAAUUUGCUAAAAUUGAAGCUGAAAAGAUUCCUGAUGUAUCUUUAAAAGCUGGUAUCAGUGCAGUACCGACAAUUAUUUUUACAAGAAAUGAUACUAUACUCGAUAGAGUCGAUGGAGCCAAUCCUUCAGCUAUAGCAGAUAAAAUCAAACAUCAGUUGUCCAAAAAAGAUUCCAUUUCAAUUGAAACAUAUAAACCAAAAGAAAAUCUUGAAGAAAGAUUAAAAAAGUUAAUAAAUCAAGCACCUUGUAUGCUAUUCAUGAAAGGAUCUCCGAUAAAUCCACGUUGUGGAUUUUCUCGAACAAUAGUUUCUAUUUUAGAUUCUUAUAAAGCAGACUAUCAAUCAUUUGAUAUUUUACAAGAUAAUGAUGUUAGAGAAGGACUUAAAAAAUUUAGUGAUUGGCCUACAUAUCCUCAAUUGUAUAUAAAUGGAGAACUUAUUGGAGGAUUAGAUAUUAUAAAAGAAAUGAGUGAAUCUGGAGAGCUAGAAAAUAUGUUGCCUAAGAAGAGUUAAUAAGAGUUUAAAAAAAAAUGUAAAUGAUGGAAAAUAUCUUUCAGUAAUGUGAGAAUAUGAAGAACAUUUGUAAUUCCACUGGAUUCGGAAUCAAGUUGUAAUUGGCUAAUGCAAAAUUUUGCAAUAUGUGGUGUAGCUGGAUGAUAUUGUGGUGGAUUAUCAACUUUCAUGAUAUCACUUCCUAUAAUUAUCAUAAUAUUAGAAUUUAUCAAAAUUUAUUU